CCAAAUCACAGCCCCGUGCUGCCCGGCUCUCAUUCACAGCUUUCUAGAGAAAUCUGAGCUCCAACUGCCAGGAUAGGGGAUCUCACCCACCCAGUUCAGCCUCGAGGACACCUGCAGAAACACAUUCUCAAAGCAAGCCUGGGCGGCGGUGUGAAGAUGACUCUAGCUUGUGUCAUUAGUGCGUAUGUGUCUAUAACAAUGAUACUUCCAUCUUUGGUUUCUUGGUGAGAAGAUGUUGCUCAGAAUGUCUAAGAUCAUGGUGAGUGCAGGGAUGAAUUGGAGGAAGGAAGCACACAAAGAAAGUUUCAGAGAAUACAAUAAGCAAUGGCUUCAGUUUUCCUUCUCUUUUGGAUGGCCACCACUACAUAGGGCCUGAAUGUCCUGCUGUUUUCCAAGGAUAGAAAGAAGACUCUGUACCUGUCUGUUUUGGGACCAGUCUUGUAGGAGAGGCGUCGAAUGGGCCACGGAUUCAGCGCACUUUCAUGUGAAUGGGACCAGUUUCUGUUCUUCCCAAACAUCAGAGCUUAAGCGCUUGGGAAGGAGAUUUGGCCAAGAUGACACAUUUACAGGCUGGGCUCAGUCCAGACACUAUAGAGAAAGCUCGCCUGGAACUGAAUGAAAACCCAGAUGUUUUACAUCAGGAUAUUCAACAGGUCAGAGACAUGAUCAUCACCAGGCCAGACAUUGGGUUUUUACGUACAGAUGAUGCCUUCAUCCUGCGAUUUCUCCGAGCCAGGAAGUUUCACCAAGCGGAUGCCUUCAGACUCCUGGCCCAGUACUUUCAGUACCGCCAGCUAAAUCUGGACAUGUUUAAAAACUUUAAGGCAGAUGAUCCCGGGAUUAAGAGGGCUUUGAUUGAUGGAUUCCCCGGAGUGCUGGAAAAUCGUGACCACUACGGCAGGAAGAUUCUCCUGCUGUUUGCUGCCAAUUGGGAUCAGAGUAGGAACUCCUUCACAGACAUCCUCCGUGCCAUUCUCCUGUCCUUGGAAGUCCUCAUUGAAGAUCCCGAGCUCCAGAUAAACGGUUUCAUUUUAAUUAUAGACUGGAGUAAUUUUUCCUUCAAGCAAGCCUCCAAGCUAACACCUUCCAUUCUGAAACUGGCCAUCGAAGGGCUGCAGGACAGCUUUCCUGCUCGCUUUGGAGGCGUCCAUUUUGUCAACCAGCCCUGGUACAUCCAUGCCCUCUACACACUCAUCAAGCCAUUCCUUAAAGACAAGACAAGGAAACGGAUUUUCCUUCAUGGAAACAAUUUAAACAGUCUUCACCAGCUAAUACACCCCGAGUUUCUGCCCUCUGAAUUUGGAGGAACACUUCCUCCUUAUGACAUGGGGACUUGGGCCCGGACAUUACUUGGCCCUGACUACAGUGAUGAAAAUGACUAUACCCAUACUUCCUACAAUGCCAUGCAUGUGAAACACACCUGCUCCAACCUGGAGAGAGAGUGCUCGCCCAAGCCCAUGAAAAGAUCUCAGUCUGUGGUAGAAGCUGGAACCUUGAAACAUGAAGAGAAGGGAGAAAAUGAGAACACCCAGCCACUGCUGGCUCUGGACUGAGCCAGCAUCAUGUGAUGCCUCCAUUGGAGCAGCCACCCAGCAAGCCUGUCCAGCUGACCUACAAACAUGUGUGUUCUGCUUGACAUGAGGUCCUCCAUUCCAACCCCAGCCAUGACUGUCAGCAGCCAUUGAUCUGGGCAGCCCACACUGAGAGAUCUGAGAAAUGCUUCUAAAAUUUAACUAAUUAAUUUAUGUUUUAGUGAAGGAUGGCGGGGGGGCAAUGAAGAAAGGCAUUUAUGUAAAAAAGAUUCUCCCUUCCCUCAUAUUUAUGGCAGCAAAUGUACUUAAAAAGGGAAAAAAAAAACUAAAUUAGUCACAUAUAUAGUGCUCUAAGGAUUCACACAGGAACCCUCUCCAGGUUUUGCAAAUUAAGAUGAAAUGAAUUCCCAAAUAAAUACAACAGAGUUAAAAUGUGCAGAAACAUCAGCAAGUUUAAUGUAGUGCCGAACCCCAAGCAACAGUAGCUACAAUAAUUUCCAGUUGUAUUGACUUAUUUUCUGACCUCAUCACCAGCAUCGAAGUAUUCAGCCUAAGAACAUGAUCUCGAAGGUCUGGCUGUUUGCAAAGUUUUAAUUUACAUAGUUAUCCUGUAAGAAUGAUUUGACAUCACGUUGUUUGUCAGGCCAUCAGCUGACUUCAUGAACUGUUUUAUUUAGAAGACAGUCAGUUUGAAAAAAAAAAAGACUGCUUCAUAGCAUAGUGAUUUCCUGUAGGCAUGCAGAGGAAUGCCUACAGAGAGAAGAUGACUCAUUGAAAAAAAAAAAAAACACACACUGGUGACUGAUGAGCUCAUUCAAGUUAGUUCUUGGGUUACUACAGCAAAGAAAAGUGCUAGCAAAUACGUCCCUUUGUCCAACCCUCCUAUUACCUGUGGAGAAAGGCCCUGAGGUGGCAGGCAGUCAAAUCUCACAGAGAGAUCCUUAAGGAUGGCUCAGCAUGUAAGUAGCAAGCUAAAGAGGACCACGGAUGCAGAUGAAAUGCCAAAGACCAAUCUACUUCCUUAUCCAUCCUCCUUAGAAAUGGACCCCAGUCUCCACUCACAGGAAGUCAGCCAGAAAACAUCAAAGGCUAGGAUAUUUUAUCUGUGCCAUGUUUCCCAAGACCAAUUGAGCAUAUGUAGAUAUCUUAUUCCCUAGCCAUCUCUAUGAUAUAGACACUUACUAACAUGACCAGUGUGCUUAAUGUCAAAAAUUUUCAUUGAUAACACUUAUUAAAAUACUUUACAUUUUAGAGCAUUUGGUAGGUUGAUUUACUAGCCGAACAUCCUAAAGAAAAGGGGAAACCAAUUCAAUUUACUUCCAGCCAUAAACACCCAAACAGCAUUGCUAAUUGUGGACACUUCCCUCUCUACUGUUUCUCUUCCCCGAUUGCCGCCUCUUCCUCUCUUCCAUCUCUCUUCUCCUAUUCCCACCUCUUCCUCUCUACGUCUCUUCUUUCCCUAUUCCUUCCCACUUUCUUCUCCUCACUUCCUUCUCUUUUUCCUUUGUCUUUCUUUCUCUGUCUUCCCAUUCCCCUUUUGUCUCUUUCUCCCUCCAGUGCUGAAGAUCAAACCCAGGGCCUUGUCAUGUUAGGCGAGAGUUCUACCCCUGAGCCCUGAGCUACAGUCUAGAUGUACACUCCUUCUCGGUUGAUCUACUCUUUUAUUAUUGUUUUCUACUGGCAGAGAAUAGUAACAGAAGCUAUUUUUAUGUUCCAACCUUGAAGAAGUAAAAAUGAAACAGAAUUUAAAAUAUUUCCCAAACAAUUGCAUCAUAGUAUAUAAAAAACACCAAUUCAUUUUGUAUAGACCUUUUGAAUCAUAAAAUAUCAACCUUGAAAAAUGUCUACCAAGACAUGGAUGGAAACUAUUUUCCUAUGACACAAGUAAGAGAGAGGAAAAAUUAAAGUGAAUUAGAAAAUCUUUUAUUGCUUGUGUUUCUAAGAUCAACGUGGGAUCCAAGUCCUCAAAAUGCUGUUGGAGUCAGCUACUGCCAACCCUUGUAAUGGUAAUGAUACUUCUGGCUUUUCACAUGGCAAUAUUUAGAAUCCUACUGUAAUGACCAUAUUUUAAAAAACAUGUUAUAUUUACUAAGUUAAAAGCUAAUUUUCACUCAUUUCCACCCUUUUAUUACAUGAAUGUAAGGUGAUAGUUUAACAAUGAGAACACAUGGUUUGCAUUUCGUUAUGUGUAUGUAAUAUGUAGGAAGACCAAACCCAGUGGGUAACCAAGGGUUACUACAUGAACACUGGAUUGUAUUGCCUUUUGUCAGUAAGUUCCUCCGUUUAAUAAAUACUGAAG